AUGUGUAUAUUUUUAAGGUUUUGUGCCGCUCCGGGCUUCCAAAAUGGAAUUGGGGAAGAUGUAGGAGUUCACCAAACCACCGUGUCAAGAGUGAUUGGCGAAAUGGCACAGAUUAUAUCAGGGAGGGCUCAUGAAUGGAUUCAAUUUCCAUCCACAGAUGAAGAAAUCAGAGCUGCGCAAAACCAAUGGGAAGCAAAAAAUCGUUUUCCGUUUGCGAUUGGCGUCAUUGACUGCACGCACAUUAGAAUAAAAAAACCGUCCUCGCAAAGUGAUGAGUACAUAUGUAGAAAGGGCUUCCAUUCGAUAAAUGUGCAAGCAACAUGCGAUGGUAAUGAAUGGUUCACCAGCUUGGAUGUAUCCUAUCCAGGUUCGAUUCAUGACUCUCGGGUGCUAAGGAAUAGCAGCAUAUACACGAUCAUAGGGAAUGCUCAAAGCUUGAUACGCUCUAAAACCUUAUUUAAUGACGCCCUUCAGAAACUCCCCAGAAACUCAGAAGUGUCUCCACAAAGGACAAACAACAAACAGCAUGCUAAAGCGAGAAGUAUCAUUGAGAGAACAAUUGGAGUCCAGAAAAAUCGAUUUAGAUGUUUGUUGCAGGCAAGAGCUCUUCACUAU